CUGAUUCUAGAGCGGACCGACCCGGAUGGAGGUCGCUUUCCCUCUUCCGUCCUCUUUCCUAUGCUUUUAAAAUUCAGGGGAUGAGUGGCUCCCUUGCGCAGGCGCAUUCGUCGCUCCAGACGCGGUGAGAUGCUUGGCCGGCACGUCUCUCGCGUCCGGAACUUGUAUCGUCGCAUCUUGCUGCUGCACCGAGUUCUGCCCCCUGACCUCAAAUCCCUGGGGGAUCAGUACGUGAAGGAUGAAUUUAGGAGACAUAAGACCGUUGGUUCUGCUGAGGCCCAGCGCUUCUUGCAGGAAUGGGAGGCAUAUGCAGCAAUGCUAUGGCAACAAGCUAACGAAAGCAGACACAAAUCAUAUGAAAAAGCAUGUUUUGGAACUGCCCUCCCAGCAGAAAAACUGAAUGACUUUCGUGAUGAACAGAUUGGACAGUUGCAUGAGUUAAUGCAAGAAGCUACUAAGCCCAGUAGGCAAUUUAGUAUUACUGAGUCUACCAAACCAGAAUUUUAGUCUAUACAAUAAAGUGUAGCAAAGCAUUUUAAA